GAUCAUUGACAGCCUUUAGGAAAAGCAAUCGAACGUGGCUCAGUCGAUCAGCUCGUCCUGUGAGCAAUCGAGGGGAAAGAUGGCAUCCACCGAGCAACCUGAUCCUCCUACACAGCCGGGCCUUCCAGCUGGAACUGAGGCGACCGCUCCUCCCCGAGAACAACUGAUUACCACUGCUGUCAAAUUUCUACAGAACCCAAAAGUACGUCAGAGUCCUUUGGCCACCAGAAAAGCCUUCUUGACGAAAAAAGGGCUGACGGAGGAGGAGGUGGAGUUGGCCAUCCAGCGUUCCGGCAGCACAGAAGAAGUCCUGCCUGUGAGCCCUGUGGGGCCCCCACAUCCACUGCACGCACCUCAGCUGGCUCUCGCACCUCAUAGUCCAGCAGGCUACAGAUGGAGAAACUAUGGUUCCCUCGCCAUCAUCAUGGUGGGCAUCGCCUUCGGUUUCAAUCAGCUUUACAAAAAAUACAUCCUUCCCCUCAUUAUGGGCAGCCGAGAGGACAAGAAGCAUCUGCAGAGGAUGGAGAGCAACAUUGCGGCAAUGAGUGGCACGCUGACACAGACAGUCAGCCAGCUGCAACAGACCCUGGUCUCCGUCCAGGAGCUCCUCGUCCAGCAGCAGCAGAGGAUCCAGGAGCUCUCGCAGGAAAUGGCUUCAACAGAGGCUUCGUCUUCAACCAACCGCGUCCUGGACAACCAGACCGUUGGAGAGCUGAAGGCUGAGAUUUCCUCUUUGAAGGGCUUACUGCUCAGCAGGAGACAAUUCCCGUCCACUCCCGUCAUUCCUAAGAUCCCCUCAUGGCAGAUUCCCCUGAAGCCCCCCUCGGCAUCCGUCUCGUCCUCGGUCAACCACCACACCGCCACCACCAACAGCAGCAGCGACAUCUCCCCUGUCAGCAUCGAGUCCGCCGGCUCCUCCCCCGUCACAGAGGGACAGCACAGCCCCCAGGAUGCACUGGGGGGGCCUGAUGGAGUGCAUGACAUCAACAAAGACAACGACACGGUGGCCGUGGGCACAAGCCAAGUCCUGGACCUGAAAGACCGCAUGGAGGUGCAGGGGGCAGAGGAGGCUUCAGAGAAGAAGGUGGAGGAGGAGGAGGAUGAUCUCAGCCACGUAGAGGAGGAGGAGGAGGAGGAGGAAGGUGUAAGCAUGCAGACAGUGGAUCGGCGCGGCGGGGACGGACAGAUUAACGAACAGGUGGACAAACUGAGGCGGCCCGAAGGUGCCAGCAACGAGAGCGAGGUGGAUUAGACAGCAGUAGAAAGCACGAAGACACUUCCCCAAACGCCGCUUCUCAUCUCUGCCGGCUUCAUUCUGCGCCUCUCCGCUCACACUCGUAGUGUGUGUGUGUGUGUGUGUGUGUGUGUGUGUGUGUGUUUUUACAUUCUUUUUUAAAAAAUCUGUCUUUGCUGUCGGUUUCCCCUCGUUUCUGUCACAUCUUUAAUCUUAAGCAAAACGAGGAGCAAAAAACUGACAAAUAACGGCGUGUCUAGUUGACACGGGCUUACCUUGAUUUACGCUUCAUCAUGGAGACUAAACGACCGCGCGAUGAGCCACAUACCGCGGCGUUACACUCCUCCUGCAAGGAGAGACGGGACGAGCAACAGUCAAAUGAGAAUGACUUUAAAAGGGCCGUAUGCAGCAACAACCGCGCUCGACCGGCUGCUUUUAAUUUUAGGAUUCCAUCAGAUAAUUCGCAGCUCUGCCUUUGGCGCCCCGUUGUAAUUGCACUACGGACCAGCGAGUCGGUGCUGCACAGAAUACCCGGCUUGUGUAGCGCAGCUGGAGGUCAGGAGUCAUAUGUUGGCACUUCCACCUGCAAAGUUACCGAGAGCUCGGAGAGAAGCAUUAGCAGAGUUUGUCUCCCUGUUGACGGCGAUAGGAGAGGACAAGCUCUUCCCGGGCCGGAGCUUUUAGCCUCUUUUAUGUGUCCUUUCGCAUUGGUGUCAGUCUGUCAAUAAUUCACAAGGCCAGCAGGGUGGCAUUUGGGUGAAAUAAAAGCCCUGAAAUUCGAGAUUAGAAUGUGAUGACGGGCUUUGUUCCACGCCGGUGUCAGAGUGCCUCAUACGCUCAAAGGAGGAGGAGAUAAAUCUUUUCUUCCCCCGCUUUCCCUUUUCACUGAGGGGCUGAAUUGUGUACUUUUUUUUUUUGUGUGUUUACGCGUGCGUGGCAGGCGAGACAACGCAGACUGUCUGCUGAGCCGUUUCUGAGUCUCCAGCAGGGCAGCUGAUUUGGUUUGUGAAGUAUGUUAAUAAUCAAAUGAUCAACAAAUAACAGAUGUAUUAGUUCAUGCAGCUUGAAAUGUCAAGGGGGCUGAAAGCGGAAAUCUAAUACAGAAAGCCCAGUUGCAUUGUAUUAUUUUCUGUGACAAACCCCGCGGUCCAAAUUAUGUAGGGCCUCCUACAGUGAGUAAUCUUUACAGAAAACGGCGCCAAUAUUUUAUAAUUAAGCUGCAGUAAGACAACAAGCGCUGCCACAGAUGGAAGUUGCAGAGCUCGUAUCACUAUUGUCAGUGUGUAGGUGGAUGGGGGAAGUUAGAAAAAAAAAAAACAUUGCCCCAUGAUUGAAAAGGAAAGUAAUGAAUGAAUACUUGACUUAUUGAAUUACUCACUCUGCACUCACUGUCUCCAGCUAACGAGAAGAGUCCACGAGUGAGAAGAAGGGAUUUCAGCUCUGGUGCCAUUUCCACCUCCCAUCACAUGGCCUUCAUAGCAAGAAAGAAAAGGUGGAGGGGCACUGCUCGUUUCUGUGUGACACCCGUCCUUUAGAUUAAGUCGGGUGGUGUUGGUGGAGUCCACAACACUGCGGUUUGCUGUAAACUAUAUUUCUUUGAUUUUGUAGAGAUGUAUUUGUAUGUAAAUCUACGGUUGCUUUACAGAAGUACGUAACGGGUAACGUAUGCUUCUUGGCCACUGUAGAGCCAGCGAUUGGUCCUCUCUGUAACCUGCUGAUUACUUUUUGAAUGCCAGCAAAGCGUGUACAAAAGUGUAAUAAAUCAGCUUUAUCUCAAGUCAAA